AUGGAGAGGGUAUUUGAGCAGUUAGAGUGUUCAGAUGUUGCAAAAUUUAAGUAUGCUAUUUCACUAUUACAAAAGGAUGCUUACGAUUGGUGGGUAAGUGUUCUGAAUGCCAAGGUAAAACCUCACGUUCUUACUUGGGAUGAUUUUCUUAGGGAAUUUUGUAUGAAGUAUGUCCCACCUGCUUAUUGUGAUGAAAAGAAAAAGGAGUUUUUGAAUCUAAGGCAACGAGGCAUGUCUAUUGUUGAAUACGAAGAGAGGUUUCUAAGGCUCUCUCGCUAUGCUGGUGGUAUUAUUAAAGAGGAAAAAGACAAGUGCAGGAAGUUUGACGACGGUUUAAAUAAUUCCAUUAGGAAGAAUGUGGUGAUCCUGCAACAUGAAAAAUUUUAUUUUGGGGGUCCAUCCAAAAGGGGAAGGUUUGAUAAUUCUAAGGCUGGUAGUGAUAACAGGCCACCUCAACAAAGGCAAAACAGAUCAAAAUUUUCUAUAGCUAGCACUCCAAAUUAUGCCCAAGGCAAACCUCGCGUUCCCACUUGUCCACAAUGUAGAAAGAAUCGUUAUGGUACUUGCAGGAGAGCUUCUGGUGCAUGUUUCAAUUGUGGGAGCUUUGAUCAUAAAGUGAAGGAUUGUCCUAAUCCUGAUAAUGCUCCAUCGUUGAGAACUGAAGGCUCAGUUCAUAAGCCUUCUAUCAAUCCUCCUCAAACUAAUAGAGGUGCAAGACCUAAAAACACCCAGACAGCAGGUAAAAGUGGAGCUAAUCAAGCUGGUGGGCAAAGGGCUACUACACACUUAUGCUAUGAGGCAGAGGGAUGA